CGCUUAUUUAAAAAUGAAUUAUUCACUCGCGGGGAACAAGUAUUUCAGUCCACCAGUGUUUUUGCCCCUUCUUUGCGGCGUUGGACUCGGCAUCUGGUCACAAUGAGGCGACGAAGCAGCUUAAUGUUACGGACCGUGCUGACUUUGAUUUUACUGCCGCUAUUUUACAGUCUGUUAGCAGUAUUAGAAACUGUACGACAAAUCAACACAGACCAUACACUCCUUGAAUCACAUGUAAAGAGCCAUUUUAGCGGUCUUCCUAGGCUGUCUGGUCAAAGCUUGACCAACGCCAGACAAAUCUUUCUUGAUCGCACCGUAUCACAAUUCAACAAGCUGUACAAGGACCAAGACAGGCCGGCUGCCGUGGAGUUUUUCGGUUCAAGAUGGAGAACUCCAAAAACAAACAUUAAUAAGUACGAGUUAACUGACGCGAAUGGCAGCAGACGGUACCUUGGAUGCAGACACAUAGAAGACAUUCAAAUUGUGGGGAAAAUUGGACGUGGAUAUACUAAGACGGUCCACAAAGGAUUAUAUAAGGGUACAGAAAUUGCGGUAAAAAGCGUGCAGCUCGACAAUGAGGAUAUCAAACACUGUGCAGUUCAUAAGUCAAACAGAUCAGUCGAUGAAUGUUUUAUUUACGCCAAAUAUAAGCUAGCCAAAGAAAUAAUUAUGCUUCAGCAACUGCAACAUGCAAACAUUAUAAAGGUAAGUGGUUCAUUUUCUAUCGAAAUAAUUACUUUGAGUUCAGUUUUAUCUGUCCUUAAUUAAUUGGAUAAUAUCACCAGACAAUCUUUCCGUUGUUAUUUGCCAUGAUAUAUGGGCUUAGGGAUUAUAGCGCUCGUGAACUCAGCAGCGAACUUUAUGAAUUAUUAAAAUACAAAACUAUGUCUGUAUGUCCUCAUGAGCAGGUUACGAGUGAUGCAUCAGUUCUAGGGAAUAAAGAGAGUGAUGAUUUGGUGAAGCGCGUUUAGACAGCAGCCAGUAAUACCUUUAAAUGGUUCAUUUUACUCUUUGCACCCUUUUAAAACGUUGAAAGGAACCUGAUACUAACCCAUAACCUCACUGAAAAUGAAUGUCUUCUACUGAAAAAAAGAUCAUUGCCAAGUAUAGUUGCGGAUUACGUUUAAGAAAUUCCUCCCAUGUUUUUAUAACUGACCCUCUACAAGCUGAACCGAGCGCUACAUCAGAUCUUACAGCUGACUGACCAUGAGUUGAGAGCAGAACUGAACAUUUCAUUUCCGAAGACUCUCUAAUCGGAUAGUGAUACCGCAAAUAAAAUCAGACCAAAAACAAGACACAAAAUCCAGGUGUUCCUUCUAGAGCAUAGUAGCAGGAAAAACCUCUGUUGCUCCUGUUUCUCUCGGGUAUAUUUUCAGUAUUUUACAAAGGAAAAACACUCUCUUCAUGUUUACGGCAUUUUAAUAUAAACUAUCCACGAAGGACCUGAGGUGUUUUCGAAGCCGCCGCCUGCCUCAAUUAAGCUAGAAAACUAUACCUAAAUUAACGCAUUUCGGGCUAAUCCAUCCGGGGGCCGCAAUCAUUCUAUCCAUUCAAAGUACCUGGUUAAGAUAUCGGUAAAAUCUGAUUGCAACGUUAAGGUCAUUUUGAUCAAAAUAUCACAUUCUCAGUUACUUUGAGGUCGAGUUCCGGCUUUGUUUUGAUUGUGUCGGUAGUUUCUUUCUUGUCUGACCUUUCUUGGAGACUCGUUCAUAACUUGGAAAGACUACCGCACAGUGGCAAGUACAGCAUGGACAGUGUAACGGACGAAAGUUGUCUAUUUUUGAAAUCAUAUACACGCCACACAAUGUUAAAAUAAAAAGGAUUCACAGGAGCAGUUACUCUUUACUCAAACUUCAGCCAAACAACGUAACUCAGUGUACGAGCGGUUGAAACUACUGACUACAAAUGUUUGAAAGUUUGCGUUAGAGUUUAAACUACCGUGUACAAGCUAAAACAUGUGGUAAACAACUUUGCUUUCUCGUUGUUACACAGCUUCUUGGAUUCUGUUGGCAAAAUGAGCAAAACACCGCUGAUUUUGCUACCCGAGGGCUCACCUUGAUGACAGAGAUUGGAACAAAACUUGAUGUAAUUGGACUGGUACAGCUACCUUGGCAGGAAAGGUUUAGGGUAAGGUAAACUACGCAUAUGUCCUGCCACUGCAGCCUUUGUGAGUUCACCGGGGAAGCAGUAGCAUGCAGGUACCCGCUAAAAGCGAAGAGUCCGCCGCCAGCCGAGAGUUGACAAUAUCCAGCUUGAAGCCAAUGUCCGUUUAAAAAAUUUUCAUUCCAAAAAAUAAAAAUUACUCUGAAACCUAUUCCCACUGCAGAUCGAGGAGGGUGUUAUCCACCAAGGCCGAAGGCCGAGGUGGAUAACGACCUCCGAGAUCUGCAGAAUUAUUCAUAUCCUACGAAAGCCGAAUUCAAUAAUUGUUUUAUUAUUCCUUCAAAAUAAUUCCAAGUUUAAAAACAAGCUAAAACAUGCUAACCUCGGUCGAUGUAAGUUCAUAUCAAAAAUGCAUCUUUGUCGGGAAGUUUAUUAGAUUAAGGCCUGCUCAGGUCUGCAAAUAUACUCCAAAUAGCAGAUAUUGUCUGUCGAGUUGUCUUCUUGCUGUUGUUGCCAUGUUUUUAGACAAUAUUUCGCCGUGAAACGAGUAAAAUGUUCCGGGACAGAUCCGCCAUUUUGUUCUAACUGCCAAAACAACUCAGCCUCGUCCCCAGGUUUUCUCGGUCAAUGGUUCAAUAACCUGCAACCAGGCUGCACUUUUGACGUCAUCUUGACGUCAUCGGUUCAAUAUAACAAAAUUCUUUCCAAAUUUGGUCAGCAGGAGCUGGUUAUGGUGAAUUAUGCGUGUGGUUUUAGCCAGCUGGAAACGGGGAAAUAUUUUGAAUGAAUAAAAGUCUGAUGAUCAAUACAAUAUUGUUUUCUUUGUUACAGCUUUGUUUGGGUCUGGCCAGAUUGUUGCAGUAUUUGGCCCAGUCUCCCAUCGGUUCUCUUUUUAUAAGAGACUUCAAGCUGUCGCAGUUUGUACUUGUGGAUGGAGAGAUUAAAUUGACAGAUCUGGAUGAUGUAGACAACGAAGAACCGCGAUGUCUAACGAAUAGAGAUUGUGUUGUCAGAAGAACUAUUGGUGUGAAUAAGACUUUGCAGUGUAAUCAAGGACGAUGCAAAAAUCUGAUUUCUGCCGUGAAUUUAGACAAUAUCGGUCGUUAUUUUUUUAACCACGUUCUUGUGCCGGGUUCUCCAGAGUAUUUAAAAGAAUACUUGAAUGAAAUCAAAUACAACGUCCAGCAACUGACUUGGAACAGUGAAGCUCUAGUUUGGCAUAUGGAAAGAGUGCUUUACCUUUUACGUUCUGGAAAACACCUAGGUAAAUUUUACUUCAAUUUUGGGAGGCUCCUGCGGUAGUAUAAUUUAUUUGUAUAGGUAAUAGCAUGAUUUGUAGUGAUAUUUGGCAUAAAUACCACGAGUGAUAUUUCGAAAUUGUUGUACGUAAUUUCACGAGCCGUUAGGCGAGUGAAAUUUGAGAUAAUUUUGAAAUAUCACGAGUGGUAUUUAUGCCAAAUAUCACGCACAGAUCAUGCUAUUAUUUGUUUAUACUACUACCCACAAAGGUCUUGUAAUUUUCACAUGUAGGUAUUUCAAAUUAAGCUGAAAUACCACUGCUCUAAGCCAAUCAAAUUGCAGAAAUUUCCCAUGUAGUAGUAUAAAUGAAUUUAUGCCGUUAUUGUGGUCCAUACGGGCUAUUUCAAGAUAUAUUAACAUUAAUGAUUAAUGUACAGUUAUAGGAACUUUCCCAGAGCACGCAAGUGCCUUAUCUUUUUCUUGUGACGGCUUACCUUCGUUAAGUCCCAUCUAAAAGCCUGGAGCAGCCUGGUCAGUGGGCUGAGUAAGCAGAAGAUAAGAAAAGGAACUGGGGAAGAGCUUCUUUCUCCGUGUUCGGCCUCAGAUCGCUCCGCGCAACAUCCCGCGGGACUGCUAACAGUCUGUCUUUCUAAUUGAGUAUCCGUCUGCUCACUUGUUUUCUUUUCUUGUUUUAGAAAAUGUCCCACGGUUUAAUCUAUACAAACUGGUUCCUAAGGCGGACUUUCCCAACUUACACGACUACUAUUGUCCAGGGACACGUCUGUUUGAAGCCUGUGAACUGGCGGUGUAUGACGUCAGAGAGGCACAAUACAAGUGUGAUUUGGAAGACUCGUGUAAAGCUUUUGUUAUGACAGAAAAAACACUAUGGACUGGUAAGUGCACCCGACACUUUUAA